AAACAUCAGUUAAUAUUUUUUAUGCUUUUUUAAAAGCAGUAUUUUUAUGAUCGUCCUGUUCUCCUUGGAUCUUUUCUCCUUCAGCGGUUUUAUUUAAUAUUUUUGGUCUCCAGGAAAAACAUUCGUGUGAGGACACGCCUCCAGAGCUUGAUUGGCUGACGCUCCUGCCAUUCAGUCAGGAAGCAGCCAAUGACAGCGCGCGGUCAUGGUACAAACCGACAGCCGCCAUGUUGGCUCUGCUGGGUCAGGUUGUGAGCGGCAGAUGACAGAACCUCCGCUUCGGCCGCUCGUCGGACUAGGACCGCAGCUGGGAGCCAUGAGCGGUCCGUCCUCAGCCGGAGCCGGAGGACUCGGGGCCGCGAAAGCAGGCGGGGGGAAGCACGGAGCCGCUUCAGCCGCCGCAGCUGCUGCCGCCGCGGCCGUGGCCGCCGGCGCCGGUGUGGGCUCUGUGGCCGGGUCGGGCUCGGCAGCAUCUUCCUCCGUCUUGUCUCUGCCCGCAGCCGGCCUCCCCGGGCAGCCGACGGAACUCACGGCGCUGUUCGAGUGUCCCGUCUGCUUCGACUACGUGCUGCCGCCCAUCCUGCAGUGCCAGUCGGGUCACCUGGUCUGCAACCCGUGCCGGCAGAAGCUGAGCUGCUGUCCGACCUGCCGCGGCCCGCUCAGCCCGAGCAUCCGUAACCUGGCCAUGGAGAAGGUGGCGUCCACCCUGCCGUUCCCCUGCAAGUACUCGUCUGCCGGAUGCCUGCUGUCUCUGCACCACAGCGAGAAGCCUGACCACGAGGAAGUGUGCGAGUUCCGGCCGUACACCUGUCCGUGUCCAGGAGCCACCUGCAAGUGGCACGGCUCGCUGGAGGCCGUCAUGCCUCACCUGAUGCACGCCCACAAGUCCAUCACCACGCUGCAGGGAGAAGACAUUGUCUUCCUGGCGACAGACAUCAACUUGCCGGGCGCCGUGGACUGGGUCAUGAUGCAGUCGUGCUUCAGCCAUCACUUCAUGCUGGUUCUGGAGAAGCAGGAGAAGUAUGAAGGUCACCAGCAGUUCUUCGCCGUCGUCCUCCUCAUCGGCACGCGCAAACAAGCUGAGAACUUCGCCUACCGCCUGGAGCUCAAUGGCAACCGACGCCGGCUGACCUGGGAAGCCACGCCACGCUCCAUCCACGACGGCGUGGCAGCCGCCAUCAUGAACAGCGACUGUCUGGUGUUCGACACCUCCAUCGCUCACCUCUUUGCAGACAGCGGGAACCUGGGCAUCAACGUCACCAUCUCCAUGUGCUGACGAGCGACAAAGUCCAGCUCUGCGGCGCCACCGCAGACGUCAUGACCUGACGCCGCUGAUGAAGACGAGCCCGGUUGGAUCAGCGCACAGAUCUGUACACGGAUGAGAGUGCACGAAUGAGCGUGCACGUCAGUUCUGAACAGAGAGUGGAAGUACUUGCUCCAUGACAGAGCCGCACAAAGCUCCACCUUAGGGUCCAAAACCGCCUGAGCACCGAUCAGGGCAACCAGAACCGUUCAGACCCACAAAAGGACCACCUCAGUCAAGUGUCCUGCAGUCUGAAUCAGCAACCUGUAACCAUAGCAACCCUAAAAUUAUUAUGCAAAUGAUGCCACGUGACGUCAACAGGGGGCGCCAGUGCAUCAAAGCAGCUCAGGUUUUCGAGGUAAACUCCGCCUCCUCAGAUUUCCCGCAGCUGCACUGAAUGUUUCAGCGGCCGAACCGGAGGUUGCAGCGGCAUUAAAGGGUGUUUGGCCCUGCAGACGCGCCGGAAGAAUCCGUUAGGUUUCUUCCACGGUUUCAGACAUUUUCUGGCGAUUUCUGCUUUUUCAGAUUUCCUUGUACUGUUGGAUGAAUUCCGAACUAAAGUCUGUGUGAUCAGACAGACGAUUAUAAAAUGUUUCUUUUCACUUCUGAUUCAUUUCUUUGUUUCUCUUCUUUUAAUAUCAGUUUUCUUGUACCUCAUGAUUUUAACUGGGAAGAAGGCGGAGCCUGUGUUUAUGAAAUAAUUCAUUCCUUCAUGUCUGUCUCAUAAACCAACCCUCUGUUGGAUUUGAUGAACCGAUGUUUUGUAAGUGCAGAUGGACUGAGCAGCAGCAGGCGGUGCUGUUCAUGAGACAAAAAGCAGUUUUCCAUCUGAGGUGCUGCAUGUUUGACUCAAAGCAGCUUAUAAUAAACGUUUUUUUACUGUGGCUUCAUGAA